CCGCCGCCAGCGCCGGGCCCGGUAGGCCGCACGCGCUCUGGCUGGCGGGGGCAGCGAGCCGAGCGCGCUACUGCCUGCUGGCGCGCGGGGGCGAGCGCAGGGCGCGCGGAACCCGCAUCGGGGAAGAGGCAGAGGCUCCGCGGUCGCCAUGGCAGCGCCUCGGGGGAGGACCCCCCCGCGCACCUGGCUGGUGUCAUUCCCCCUCCCCCCCCCGCACAGAUGGGGAAACUGAGGCAGGAAGGGGCUUCAGCUACGUGGACUUGGUGGAGGGGCUGCAGGAUGGCCGUUUCUACGCCCUGAAGCGCAUCCUGUGCCAUGACAAGGAGGACCGCCGGGAAGCCCUGCACGAGGUGGAGAUGCAUGGCCUCUUCGAGCACCCCAACAUCCUGCGGCUCGAGGCCCACUGCAUGGUGGAGAAGGGGCCCAAGCACGAGGCCUGGCUGCUGCUGCCCUUUCUCAGGAGAGGGACCCUGUGGAGUGAGGUGGAAGCUCUGCGAGACAAAGGCACUUUCCUGCCUGAGGAGCGGAUUGUCCUCAUUCUCCUUGGCAUCUGCCGGGGGCUGGAAGCCAUUCAUGCCAAGGGCUAUGCACACAGAGACCUGAAGCCCACCAAUGUGCUGCUGGAUGAUGAGGAGCAGCCUGUGCUGAUGGACCUACUAGCUUCCCUCCGCCACGGAGCAUCCACUAUGGCAAAUCGUGGCAGAGGGCAG